GAUGUUUUCUUGCUCAUUCGCUCCUACUCUAUGUGUGAAAUGGAUAAAUUGCACUCGUUCGCGUUCGGGAGUACCAUUUUGUGAAUCCUAUUUUAUGUGCAAAAGGACUUACUUGGAUUUCUAUGAAUUAAAGAACUUAUUUUAUUGAGUUAUUUUUAUAUUCUAAUUAUUAUGAAUAAUGGAAUGUACCCAUUUAUUAGAUAACGUUAACUUGGAUAGCGAUCUUUUCGGUGAGGAGACUGUGAUCACAAAGGACUUUAAUUGUUCAGAAUGUGCGAUCAAAGAGCAGAACUGGCUAUGUUUGCAAUGUGGUGUUGUCAACUGUGGCCGGUAUGCCAACGGACAUGCAAAACAUCAUGCCGAGUCACUUGACCAUCAACUAUGUAUGAGCUGCGAUGUGUACUCGGUUUACUGUUACAAAUGUGAUGACUAUGUUUCAAACGAUGUAGAUCUUCAAACUAUAGACAAAAUAAGGCAAAGUAUUAUGCAUGUUAGGAAUAAUGAAGACGCUGAACCAAAUAGCAACAUAGAACAAAUUGAAGAUGUCAAAGACAAUCAGAGUCCCAACAGUCCUGUAUCAAAUGAAUUGGAUUCAAGUGAUAAGAUUGGAUUGUCCCCGAGUAUCAUUGAAGAAACCAGCAUUGAAGUGACGCCGACUAGCUCAUGUGAUGUUCCAAGCUCAGAACCGAGUGUCUCUGAUAUGACUGAAAAUAAAACAUCAAAAACUGCAAAGAAUGCAGAGGAACCAGUGCGCAGCUUGCGACCACGUUCACGGAAACGAUCUCAUUCCGAAGACAGUAGCUCAGCAGAGAAUACAAGUCAACCUUCUAGGAGCAAAGAGAAGAAAUCAUCUUGUAAUGGAAAGAGUCAGAGAGAAAAGAAGAUAGUAGGUUUAAAAAAUUUAGGCAACACAUGUUUUAUGAAUGCGGUGCUGCAGAGUCUUAAUAAUAUACAGGAAUUUAGUUGUUACUUCAGUCAGCUGCCGUCGUUGGAAAUGAAAUCGAAUGGACGUAAAGUGUACCAUUCGAGGAGUUACACCCGUCAAGAGAUGCAUGACGUUGUGAUGGCAGAGGAGCUCAGAAAGGUACUCAUAAACCUGAACACGGGAGGAUGCGGGUCGAAGGGCGCUAUAUCUCCAGAGUGCCUGUUCCUGGUCAUCUGGAAGGUGGUUCCACGGUUUCGUGGCUACCAGCAACAAGACGCACACGAAUUUUUGCGGUAUAUGUUGGAUAGACUGCACACGGAGCUGCAGCAGCUGCUGCCGGCCGAGCGGCCCGCCGCCUCCAUCGUGACGGCCGUGUUCGGCGGCACGCUGCAGAGCGAGGUCCGCUGUCUGGCCUGUGGGACAGAAAGCAAGAAGUUCGACCCAUUCCUAGAUCUGUCUCUGGAGUUGCCCGAGUCGGGUAGACAUGAGACUCCGGUGGCGCUCACUGAUUGUCUCUCGAGCUUCGUUCAGGUUGAAGAGUUAGCCGAUACAGAGCGUUACUUCUGCAGUAGUUGUAAAUGUAAACAAAAAUCAACCAAGCAGUUUUGGAUACGGAGAUUACCCAAUGUUCUAUGUUUACAUCUCAAGAGAUUCCGGUGGCAUAAUUACUUUAGGACAAAAGUAGACACGAGCAUAUCGUUCCCGCUGAGCUCCCUGGACAUGUCCCGCUUCGUGCUGGCCAACGUGCCCGACACGCGCCGCUCGGGCCGCGGCAGCUUCCUGUACGACCUGGCCGCCGUCAUCGUGCACCACGGCUCCGGCGCCGGCUCGGGCCACUACACGGCGUUCGCCAUCAACGAGGAGCAAUGGUUCCACUUCAACGACCAGACGGUGCGCGCGACGGACGCCAGCGCCGUGGCGUCGUGCAAGCCCUACAUCCUGUUCUACAUCCGCCGGGAGUUCGCGCUGCCCUCCGCCUCGUGACCGACCGGCGCGCCCGACGACCUCAGCUGCGAGCCCGAGCCCUAACGUGGCUGCCCCCUAGGUUUCCUGAUUACGUUGGCAUUUCAUACGGAGCGGAGCUCACGCGGUAUAAGUUCCGAUCGGAAAAAUGUUCGAAACAACGUCAUCUCGAACGCAACUUGCGUACAUUUAGAGCAUGUCAACGUAUACGAACGCAAAUUUUCCUUUGGAAUGCGGCAGUUCAAACAUUCUUAUGUAACUUCUCAGUGGAAAGAAACCAACGUGGGCUCCCAGCUGAUGGAAUUCCAAAUGAAACUUUGUAAAACAGAAGCAAAGUCAGGAAACCUCUCAUUCGCAAUCCGCCUCAAUGUGAUUUGAAACGUGUGUCUGAGAACGUUUUGUCUCCCAUACAAUGACAUUCGUAAGAGGAUGGCUGUCAGAAAUCUUAAUAAUCCUGAUGCAGCUGUUGUUCGUUGUUAACGUAUAGAAUGGUGUGAUUUCGAAUUUACGCUCAUAGCUAUGGCAUGUUCAGACUAGUGAAAUUACUGUGCAGCUCAUACUUUUUAGUCUUCGGCCAGUAAAUAUGUAUUAGACGCAUUAUUAUAUAUUAAAUUCAAUCUCGUUUGGCAUGAUCUUGGCACUCGUAUUUAUAUAUUAUACUAUUCGAUUUUUGAAUAUGAAUUAAGAAUAUUGGAAAAGUUUCGCUUAUUAAAAAUCAUAUAUUCUGUGACAUCUGAAAAGUUCUACUCAUAUCAACAAUUAAAACUUAGGAAAUAGGGGCCGAUCAGUCUUCUUUCGAGUCUACUUCAUAAAAUGUGACAUUGGCAGAAUAUUUCUCGUCUAGUGCACGACAUUUACAGAAGUGAAAAAAGUAGAAAGAUGAAUAGGAUUCAAGUAAAAAAAUUUUUCUUCACGAUUUUAUCUUCACCAUUGAAUUUUGAAAAAAAAAAAGAAUCACAGAGAACUAAGCUGGUCUGGAUUUGAACCUGCGAUCUUGUAUGACCUACCUGUUCGAAUUACUGGAUCCAUCUCGGCUCUACUAAGAUAAAUAUCCUAUCAUUUAUUUUCACGGCUGUUUUUUGAACGUAAUUUAAUUGACCUAAAGUCAUUGAUACUGAUUUAAAAGGGCUGGUCUCUUUCCGGUUUUAAAUAUUCUUAUUAGAUGUCAUAAAUAUAAUUGACAUGAUAAUAAAAUAGUUGUUGAUGAAUUAUAAAUAUUUAAGCUAAUUGAAUAUACAGAAUACAUGUAAAGUUAACAUUGAUUCGUUAACAAGGCGACUGACCUAAUUUUCCCGUAAUGUAACAUUCGCAACGAGACUGAUGCCUUACGGUGUCAUCUAAAGUGUGCUUGCAAAGACCGAGCCGUGCUAGUUACGAGCACAGUGCCUAGCCUUGCUAGUUGCGAGCAGAAGACCUGAUCAGACGUUACCAAUUUCGGUCACAGUGAAUACUUCAGACGAUAAAAUUGAUAUUAUAUGACAAUCAUGCGAUUAGUGUGCUCGCAACGAUAAAUUCUUUCAGUUUUUACUGACUCGAGAGAUACUGACAACGAGGAGGACACUCGGUGCUUCUCGCUAGAGGAAGUUCAGAUCGCUUUGUUGACUAUAUAGUGUUAUAUUACGUUAAAAUAGAGGUCAGUCAACUUUACACGUCUGUUCAUACUGAGCACUUUACACAAUUAAUACAGUUUGCUUCAUUUAUUUGUAAAAUUUUUUAAACACGAAUAAUUGUAAAGCAUGUCAUUUUUACAUUCCUAAGAAAUAUCUGUUUUUUUUUUUUAAAUGUAUUCACAGCGUUAUACGCAGCGUUUAAAAGCUCGUUAACAAUAUUGUGAUAAGAAAAUGUGUGUAAAUAGGACGUUUUGAUGAUUUGUGUCGUGAAGUGGUCUCUUUUGCAAGUACCUAAUUGUUUAACAACAGGUUUAUUUUAAUUACUUCAAUUACUGGAAGUUAAUAGUGAUUGAAUUUAAUAAAUUCGCCAACUUAA